GGAAUCUUAUCUGAGAUUUGAUAAACAGACUGUCACUAGUAGCGGACUGUUUGAAAGGCGAGCAGCGACGGAAAUAUUUAUUUACGCCGUGGUGAGAUGGAGUGAAUAGUAUUGUUCGCGGUAGAGCAUUUUUUUUACCAAAGAGAUUAAAUUUUCGUCCACAUAUGUCAUCUACGUGGAGGAAUUUUUAAAAACUCAUUCAACUCCAAUACACGAGGCAUAUAUCAAGGAGGAUGGAGCCGGGCGUGGUGAAGAUAGCGGAGGACAGCGACUUCGACAUGCUGAAGUUGUUGGUCGACGACCACACGAACUGGAAGCUGGAGUACGACCAGGGGGGCGCCAAGGUAUGGACCAAAUCAACCAGCAACUGUAGCUUUAAGAUGGUCAAAGUACAAACAGUCUUCCAAAAUGUGAAUGCCAACACGCUGUUCGACGUGCUUCACGACCCAGACUAUAGGAAGGAGUGGGACGAACAUAUGCAGGCCUCCAUAGAAAUAGGAUACCUAAAUCCAAAUAAUGACGUCGGAUAUUACGCUUUAUCUUGCCCAACUCCUGUGAAAAAUAGAGAUUUCAUUCUUCAAAGGUCCUGGUUAGAUAUGGGUAACGAGAAACUAAUCCUUAAUCAUUCGGUUGACCAUAAGGAUUAUGCUCCUAGGAAAGGAUAUAUAAGAGCAAUUUCGCACUUGACAGGUUUCGUGAUACGCACCUUGGACGAAGGGUGUUUCCUGGGGUACAUUUCUCAAACAGACCCCAAAGGUAAGCUGCCUCCAUGGCUGGUCAACAAGAUCACGCAAAAAUUCGCACCCAAAGUGGUUAAGCAGUUGAGAAAGGCAGCCGAAGGUUACGAAUCCUGGAAGGUGCAGCAAAGGAAUCCCAUGUUCAAGCCUUGGAUCUAUCCAGAAUUAACGCUGCUGUCGCCUAGGGUGAACAUUUCCGACUGCGUGGCCGUCGAUGCUGCUGUGAGAGCAACGGAAUGUGACGCCGAUUCCGAUUGACCAUAACCACAAAUAAGUACUUAGUCUAAGUAAUUGAAUUUAUUAGAAGUAACUUUAUACACUGAAGUCUUUCAAGAUAUAUCCUUAUCACGUCAUGAAAACGCAUUAAAUAUUUUUUAAAUGGAA